AUGGGAGGGAAGGGCGGGACCCUCUCGAUCUGGGCCCGGGAUUCGCAGGCGGGAAAAUGGGCAGAUGGGAAGAGGGAAGAAGAAGCUUCCUCGCGAGACCCGCUAACAGGAUUCGUUGUCCUGCCUUCUUCCCGAGAUGUACCGGACGACGCGUGUAUCCGAGUGGCAGGAACACUGAAGGCUCUAAUCAGUACUUCGUACCUUCCAUUCUCUUCCGACACCUUGCAGAGAAGGCACCAGACUGCGCUUCACGACGAGGCAAAGAAAGCAGGUAGGCAGGGCAGGAACAAGAGAAAUGUACUUUUCCCCAGUGCCUCCUUCCUGCCACAAGUAAGAAGGUGA